AUGGAGUCGACCAAUAUGGAUCUGGAGAAGGAGUUGACCUGUUCUAUCUGCACGGAGCUGUUGUACCAGCCGCUCACGCUGCUCGACUGUCUGCACACGUUCUGCGGCGCUUGUGUGAAGGAGUGGUUCAGCUUCCAAGCGCACGCAGCCGAGACGAACCCGACGCCACCAGCACCGGGCAAGGCGGUGUUUACGUGUCCGUCGUGCCGGGAUGCGGUGCGCAGCACGCGGCACAACGCGACGGUGGUGACGCUGCUGGACAUGCUGCUGACGGCACAGCCGGAGAAGCGCAAGCCAGCCAGCGAGCGGGCCGAGAUGGACAGCAAAUACCGACCGGGUGAGAACGUGAUUCCGAAGCUACGACUGGCCGAGAGGACGGCAGAGCAGCAGCGACUGGACGCCGAGGAACAGCGGCUGGUCGACGAGGUGCGCGAGAUGAGCCGACAGGAGGCAGUGGCGGGCGGAGGCGGGGAAUCAUCUAGUCUGCAGGCGAUCCGUCCUCGCUCGCAUCGGGAAGGCAGCCGACAGCGCGGCUCGACCGCAACAGCAGCUGCAACAGCAACGGCGGCCGCGUUUGGGCGCGAGAUGGGCCACCAGUCGUCGCUCCGGUCGCUGAUUAGCCGGUCGGACCAGGGUACGUCAGGCCUGCUGGACAUUGAGCGGGAGAUUGAGGAGUUUGCACGGCAGAUCCAGGAGGAGGGUAUUCUGGACGGGCUGGACCUCGACAACAUCGACCUCGACAACGACGACGAGCUGAGCCGGCGCAUCGCCGAGGCGUAUCAGCGGCGACAGCGGGGACGAUCGCGUCAAGACGGCGGCCGGCGAAGCAAUGCCAGCGGUACGUCGCGACGGUCAGACGUGUCGCGGCCACCGCCUUCUUCAAGCCGCCAGCGGUCACAGUCGCGUUCAUCCCAGCAGUCCGUGCAAUCUGUGCAGUCUGCGCAGUCCCAGCACUCCGUACAGUCCCGGCCGGCCGGCCAUUCCCCGUCGGCAGCAGCCCAUCUGGCAGUCCAUGAGGAGCCACGGCAUCACCGGCGACACCGGGCGGCCAGCGAGGGUCGCAGUGCCAGUCUGCCGACGGUGGCACAGCUGGCCGUUAGCUCGCGGUCAGGCGCACGAUCUCAGGUUAAUUUUGGCGUGCAGCAGGAGCGGGAGAGCGAGUCGUCGCCACUGGCGGAGCUAGAUUCAAAUUAUGCAACGUCCAACAUAUUGCCGCUAUCCUUGCCCUUUCGCCAGCGGGCUUCCGGGCUGGAGCAGCUCAGGUCGGCCUCGACAGCGUCGGACCACCACAAAGGGCCAGGGGAUGACGGGGCCAAACCAACGACGACGGCCGUGCACGAGUUACCGCUGACGACAGCCCCCUUUGUGUCGUCACCGGGGACGCUGAGCGACGGGUUCGAGCGGAUGCCGCUGCCGGCUGUGUCGCCACCCUCGUCGGCCGGCUCGUCGUUCUCAGGGCAGCACCAGCAUCGACAGCGGCUGUCGCAGCUGUUUAUGGAGCCAGCGAUCACGUGUGGGGCCUGUGGCCGCGAUCACAUCGAGUACGAGGUGCACUACAACUGUGCGGUCUGCAGCCACGGCCAGUGGAACAUCUGUCUGGACUGCUACCGGCGCGGGCGCGGGUGCCAGCACUGGUUCGGAUUUGGCUACACGGCAUGGCAGCGGUGGGAGAAGGCGGCGGCAGGAGCAGCAGAAGGAGAACCGCUGGCGCCACCGCACAUGUUGACGGCUAACCGUUACCUGCGACCACAGACGACAGACAUGACAGCGGACGGGCGGCGAAGACUGACAGACGACGACCCGCAAGACCGGCUGCAGAGUGGCGUCUUCUGUGCCGGCUGUCAGGCAUGGGCCAACAGCUGUUACUGGCGCUGCGACGUGUGCAACGACGGCGACUGGGGCUUCUGCAACGGCUGCGUCGACCAGGGCCGUGCCUGCACGCACGCGCUGCUGCCGCUGGCCCACCAGAGCAGCAGCCUGUUUUCCGGUGGUGAUAAUGGUAUGCUGCCGGUUCCUCCGCCGGCUCCACGGUCUGCCCGGCCGCUGCAGACGGGCGAAGGGAGCGAAGGAGUGGAUGACGGCAAGACCGGCAACAAGCCGCACAUUGGCUCGUUUCGGCCGCUGACGCUUGCCACCAAGUGCGACAUGUGCCGGCGGACGAUUGCGCCGACGCGGCCUCGAUUCCACUGCUACACAUGUCACAGCUCGGCGGCGACAUGGGCCUCGACAGAGCCAGAAGAGACACCGGGCGACUACGACUUGUGUGAAGACUGCUAUGCUCCGGGCGCGCUGGUAGGCGGUAGCAACAUUGCGCCGGAGAACGGACCGACAGGCUGGCGGCGAUGUCCAGCCGGGCACCGAAUGGUGGUGGUGGCAUUCCGGGAAGAUGGCGGAAUGCAUAGACGGGUGGUGCUGCAGGACCUCGUUGGGGGACGACGUCUGCAGACGGAAAAGGACGAGUUGCAGACGUGGUACAUCUGGUUCAGACAGCAGAGACAAUACGAGCGGCUUGUCAGUGCCAACGUCCGCGUCGAGGCACCACCCUGGCGACCGGCAGCAGGUCUGCCCGCUGACGACGCGCGCUUUCCACCGUCAGGCGGCAUCGGACGGACGGCGGUGGCGCGCUGGGCGUGGUUCCCCGAAGCCGGCGCGGAAGACGAGCUGGCAUUUCCCAAGAAGGCAGAGGUGCGGGAGAUCGAAGACGUCAACGGCGAGUGGUUUUACGGGACGUAUAUGGGCCGGCAGGGCCUCUUCCCGGGAGGAUACGUGAGGAUGGAGGAUUAG